AUGUCAUCUCCUAAUGACGAUUUAAUCAUCAUCAUGGAUCCUGUUUAUCAAGAUUUAAAAAGCUUCCAAAAAGACUAUGAUUAUGAUCUGGUGGGUAAUGCUAUCACCUUGCGCGGUUCAUUUCUCCGCAAUCCAAUCGGCUAUUUGCACAGCUUUAUUGAACGACAUAUCAUAGAAUUGAUCUUUAUCAGUUUAAUAUGUUUUGCUAUAUUUUUCUCCGUCAUCCUUUUGCUACAUGUCUUGAAAAAAUGCGUUAAAUACAUUAAAUUGGCCAAACUACUUAUAAAAGAAUUAAGUAGUGCAAAGAAGUUACUGAAAAAACUCAAGCAGGAUAAUAUGCCAAUAAAUUUUGAUAUCUAUGCAAAGGCUAUAUUCACUGCAUUGAUAAGUUAUUAUGAAUUAUUCGAGGGGAGAGCGACGAAUAUCACUAUACCUGAAGAUUUAAUUGAAUAUGAAAUAAUCCGUUUUGUGAUAGAAGCUGCAUGGAAGAAUAGUAUAAGCAGUAGACAAUUGCGUAAUGUAGAUUUAAAUUCAACAUCCGUUGACGAUUUACCUAUCGAAGGAUUGAAAGCUGAUGAAGCGGAAAAUGUAUUUGCUGCUCUUUUCGAUGACAAUGAAGACGUGGAGGAGUAUGUCGAGAAAGUGGAGAAUAAGGAAUAUGAUUAUGCGGGAAAAGGUAGCCAAGAUUCAUCUGAUGAAUCUGUAGAAAAUGAAGAACUAAUUGCUGGUGAUAAUGAAUUCGUGGCUGAUGAAACUGUCAACACAUCUGCUUACAUGAAUAAAAAUAAUGCCGAAAGAAAUGUGUCAUGCUGUGAAGAUAAGGCAAGUUUGAAACAUACUCAAGAUUUACUGACAACUACUGUCGCCUCAUCAACAUCUACUAUUAGUCAAAUCAAAGACCAGUAUUAUUGGAACACAGAUUCCAAUUGGUUUUCGUUAUAUUGUCCGGUAUCAUCUGAUUGCAGUGAUAACGAUGAGCCGGUAAAGUAG